CUGAGUUUGUGGGAGCGUCACGGGCACCGGGUGAUGAUGUAACGGGGCGGCGGGGGCCCCUGACAGCGGAAAACCCGGUACCGGGAGGCCGCAGCCAUGAACCUGCUUCCCUCAAACCCCCAUGGGAACGGCCUGCUGUACGCCGGGUUCAACCAGGACCACGGAUGCUUUGCCUGCGGCAUGGAGAAUGGAUUCCGGGUGUAUAAUACAGAUCCAUUGAAAGAAAAAGAGAAGCAGGAGUUCCUAGAAGGAGGUGUCGGCUAUGUGGAAAUGUUGUUCCGCUGCAAUUACCUGGCACUGGUGGGAGGAGGGAAAAAGCCCAAGUACCCACCCAACAAAGUGAUGAUUUGGGAUGAUCUAAAGAAGAAAACAGUCAUCGAAAUAGAGUUUUCUACAGAAGUGAAGGCUGUCAAGCUGCGCCGAGACAGGAUCGUGGUAGUGCUGGAUUCCAUGAUUAAAGUGUUCACCUUCACACACAAUCCCCACCAGCUCCAUGUUUUUGAGACCUGCUACAACCCUAAAGGCCUCUGCGUCCUGUGCCCAAACAGCAAUAAUUCCCUGCUGGCGUUUCCCGGGGCUCACACUGGGCACGUGCAGAUUGUUGACCUUGCCAGUACAGAGAAGCCGCCUGUAGAUAUACCAGCUCACGAGGGGAUCCUAAGCUGCAUCGCACUCAACUUACAAGGGACCAGAAUCGCCACAGCGUCGGAGAAGGGGACGCUCAUAAGAAUAUUUGAUACUUCAUCAGGACAUUUAAUCCAGGAGCUGCGGAGAGGAUCACAAGCUGCCAAUAUUUACUGUAUUAACUUCAACGAAGACGCCUCCCUGAUCUGCGUGUCCAGCGACCACGGGACCGUCCACAUAUUUGCAGCCGAAGAUCCAAAGAGGAACAAACAGUCGAGUUUGGCCUCCGCCAGCUUCCUUCCCAAGUACUUCAGUUCAAAGUGGAGCUUUUCGAAAUUUCAGGUUCCCUCUGGGUCCCCUUGUGUUUGUGCCUUCGGAACAGAGCCCAAUUCGGUGAUAGCCAUAUGCGCAGACGGCAGUUACUACAAGUUCCAGUUCAACCCGAAGGGCGAGUGCACGCGGGAUGUCUACGCCCAGUUUUUGGAAAUGACGGACGACAAACUUUGACCGCCCGAAGGGGAAACCGAUCCCAAAGUCCCCAUUUUUUUUCUGCUGGAAGAAUAAUCUUAUAGAGAGACAGCCUGGCGCGUACAAUAACCUUGGUCGAACUGCUGAGUGGAUCCUCCAUCAAGGCUUUUUAUGUUACGGUAUUUUAGUAUUAAAAUGAAAUCAUUGUUCUAAAAACCCACGCGUGCUUUUAACAUUUCUGAUUCGUCGCCUUGCAGACGUGAAGAGAAAAUCUAUUAUUUAUAUAUAUAAUUACUUCUUCACCCACGGAGCCAGCAAAGCAGCCGAUUGGCUAAAACAAUUGACAUUUGGAAGGUGUUUAUGGACUCGCAGACAAUGGCCAAUAGGCACGGGGGGUUACAAUCUAACUGCACAAGGAUAAUCGUGCACAUUAUUGCUCUGUACAAUGGCAUUGUAUUUACAGGAGCCGCCCCCCCCUGGAAAAUGUAGAUUAAUUGUAGGAAUUAUUAAUAUUAUUUUUUUCAGUAACUAAGACACUAACCUGGCACAUUAACCACUAAACGGCUGAUCUGUGUGACCCAUGCACUCUCAUUGCAGACUAAGGGAAAUAAUAUGGGAGGAGCUGGAUAGUAGGGAUAGGAUGCGGCGGAGUGAAAUGAUUGGACAUGGUUCCGCGUAGAUCACUGCAUGUUGCUUUGCAUAUAAAUCUUCCGUUUGUUGAAACACUUUGUUUGUAAGAUAUGUUACUGCUUUUUAAUAAAAUGUGACCAAUUUAAA